AUGUCCGCAUCACGCAACCUUGUGCGCCCAGCCUCGAGGCUGUUGGCGGUGGCUUCGUCGUCUCGCUCGGCGGCCACACGUGCGUUGACCACCUCGGCGGUGCAGAAUGCCGUGACCAAGUUCACGAUGCCCGCCAUGUCGCCCACCAUGACCUCGGGCGGUAUCGCCACGUGGAAGGUCAAGGAGGGCCAGGCCUUCUCGGCUGGCGACGUGCUGCUCGAGAUCGAGACGGACAAGGCCACCAUGGACGUCGAGGCUCAGGACGACGGCAUCAUGGCCAAGAUCGUCGUGCAGGACGGUGCCAAGGACGUCGACGUCGGCAAGACCAUCGCCAUGAUCGCCGAGGAGGGCGACGACAUCUCCAACGUCCAGGUGCCCGAGGACGUUGCUGCUCCGCCCGCUGCUUCUUCGGACCCGUCUUCUCAGACUUCGGACAAGUCGGAGCCUGUGGCGUCGACACAGACCGCUGCUUCGACCGCAGCCGCAGCACCGAGCACGCCAGGCGCCUCGAGCUCCAACGCGCACCACCACUUCAAGGGCCCGCUCUUCCCGUCCGUGCAGCGCCUCAUCGCCGAGAACAACAUCGAGGAUGCAGAGACCAAGAUCAAGGGCACCGGCGUGCGCGGCAUGAUCACCAAGGGCGACGUGCUCGCGUUCCUCGGCAAGGCAAAGACGCCCACCGGCUCGUUCAAGGAGCCCAAGGGUGGCAUCGCCGUGCUCGGUCCCAGCCAGUCGGCAGCCAAGACGGGCCCAGCAUCCGGCACAGCGCCCAAGGCUCCUCUCGAGCCGCUCACCGGCGACGCGCUCCGAUCGCUUAUUAUCGGAGGCCUCGCAUCGUCCUCCCGCUCAGCACGACAGGCAGCGCCAACACCCGCACCCGCACCCGCCCAGGCCUUCUCUCAGCAGGCUGUCGACAGCGCACUCGAAGGCUACACCUUUUCGGCGGCGUCCACUCCGGCACCAGUGCCCACGCGUGGGGCGCGAAAGCAGGGCAUCCGCACCGACGACCCACUGUGGGAUCUUAUUUGA